GAUAACAGAGGAAGUUUUGGGCCGAUGAGAGAGGGCAUAUGAGAUCUAAUCUUGAGGUGUGGUUUUCUUGAUGACUCGAAAAAAGAGAGAAGACCUAGGAUUGGGAGGAAGGUGUUUUCUCUCUACAAUCGAAACCUUGACGCUCAACGCGAUUACAUCAUCCGCAGGUACCCACGUGGGUCCUCAAUCGGGAAGGUGAUGCGGCAGGCCCGUGACAUGGACCAACCCCGCUAAUUGGCUGCAUGGCCGCCCACCGCCUUCUGGCGUCAUUCCCGGCCCAACGUCUGGAGGCAUCGCCAACGGUUUGCUUUUUCCUUGUCCAGACGAGCCUUCAUUUCUCAGGAGGAAGGCAAAAUUGCCUUGUGUUCCGGCAUAGACACUCUGCAGAGAUGACAACGCUUAUUCCUCGUGAGCCCUACUCCAAGGAAGAGCUCGACCAGCUCUAUCCCCGGGACUUGAAGCUGCAGUUGGUCCAGGUGUUUCUUCGCCAUGGUGAACGUACACCCGUAUCGUCGCGGUUUCAAAAUGCAGGCCUUGCUCCAUAUUGGCCGUACUGCAACGUAGCACGCCAAAUGAUCCAAAUGGCAGCAAGCAAUCAAGACGUUUCCUCGUGGAAUGGCUUCCAAUGGCGGAGAAAGAUGGAGACCUUUGGAGACAAUGAUGAAUCAGUGGUGGCAGUUGGCGCGACCGGUGAUAUAGAGGGCAUUUGUCAACAUGGUGAAUUGACAGACAAGGGCCGCGAAACAACCUUUGCUCUCGGCCAGCGCCUGAGACAUCUCUACGUCGACCAGCUUGGAUUCAUGCCCAAGAUCAAAACCGACACGGAGGACAUGUAUCUCCGCACCACGCCCAUCCCGCGCGCUCUCGAGUCCCUUCAACAAGCCUUCUGGGGCAUGUACCCAUCCGGCGCCCGUACACAAGAUUUCCCUGCCCCGGUGAUUGUUGCUCGUUCUGUAUCGGAAGAGACACUUUUCCCUAAUGAGGGCAACUGUCGUCGAUUCAGACAACUCGCGAAGCUUUUCGCUGACAGGGCCGCACUUCGCUGGAACGACACCGAUGAAAUGAAGUACAUCAACAGUCUUUUGUCCAAAUGGAUGCCGGAAAGCUCGCCGAAGGUCGCAGUUGACUCUCACCCUCGCCUCUCGGGAAUCGCAGACACCAUUAACGCCAGUCUCGCCCACGGGCCCGCAACGAAACUCCCGUCAGAGUUCUAUGAUAAAAAGAGCAGGCAGCACCUUAACACGAUCGCCGUGGACGAAUGGUUCGCCGGAUACACUGAAAGCAACGAGUACCGCAAACUCGGAAUUGGAGGCCUGAUGGGCGACGUGGUCGACCGCAUGGUCAGCACCGCUGUGGAUGGCGGCUGGCGCAGCGAGACCUCGGCUUCCGGCUCCUCCACCGAGCAAGGCAAGGCGAUCAAGUUUGCUAUGAGUGGAUGUCACGACACCACGCUGGCCGCAAUACUGGGCAGCACCGGAGCGUUUGACGGAAUCUGGCCCCCUUUCACCUCGUCAAUUGCCAUUGAGCUCUUCGCUAAGACCAGCCAACGGUCUGGUGAGAACGCCGGAGUUAUGCUGGAGGAAUUCUCCAGCCCGGCCAUUGCCGCGAAGAAGCCGGGUUUCUUCUCAUUCCUGGGUGGCUCUUCGUCCUCGAACAACACCCCGUCCUCACCCUCUGACACCGCUCGUGCCCCCCUGUCGUCAUUCCCGGAGUCUGCGAGACAGAGCAUGAAGCAACACUAUGUCCGUAUCCGUUACAACGACCGUCCAGUCCGUAUCCCGGGUUGUGCCGCCAAGCCUCAGAACCAUCUCCCUGGGGACGACACCUUCUGCACGCUUGACGCGUUCAAGGAGAUUGUCGACAAGUUCACCCCCAAGAACUGGAGCAAUGAAUGUGUACAGAACCUCGGCGAAGGCCUCUACGGCAAGGACGAGAAGGAGAAGAUUCAAGCUGGUUUCUAAGGAGGAUGCAAUUACUUGUAUAGUGUGAUUUUUCGUAACCCGUUUUGGUGCCCACCCACAUACAAUUGGCCUAUAUUUGAAAAAGUUGAGAGGUUUCUUAUUAAGACAUAGUGAAGAAUCUAUAUUGAAUCCCAGUAUCGGCCAUAGAAACACCAAUCAAUCCUAUUUAUACACACACCGG